CUUAAAUCCUUAGUCGUGCCUGCGCCUUGGUGGUAGGAUGGCGGAAUUGGUCUCUUUUACGGUUCCCACCGAGAGUGACAAAACCUUGCUGGUGUGGGAGCUGAGUUCUGGACCCACGGCCGAGGCCUUGCGUCAUUCUCUGUUGGCAGUAUUCUCCCAGUUUGGCCUUCUGUAUUCGGUCCGAGUCUUCCCGAACGCUGCAGUGGCCCGUCCUGGUUUCUACGCCAUCAUCAAGUUUUACUCAGCAAGGGAUGCUCACAGAGCCCGAAAGGCAUGCGACCAGAAGCAGCUUUUUCAGAAUUCUCCAGUGAAGGUUCGUCUUGGCACCAAACAUAAGGCGGUUCAACAUCAGGCCCUUGCCCUAAAUAGCUCCCAGUGCCCAGAACUGGCAAAUUAUUACUUUGGUUUCAAUGGAUGGUCAAAAAGGAUCAUCAGGCUUCAGGAUCUUUCUGACCUUGAAGAAAGGGCAAAUGAAGAUACUGUGCCACCACUUCAGAAGCAGAGCCUGAAAUUCUUCUGUGCUUUAGAGGUGGUGUUGCCAUCCUAUGAGUGCCGGAGUCCCGGAGCUGGCAUGGCCGAGGAGCCUUUGGAUACCCUGGAGGAAGGGCCAUUAUCAUUUCUUAUGAAAAGGCGGACAAUCCAGAAGCUUGCUAUUCAGAAGGCUGUGUCAGAUGCAUUCCAGAAACUGCUGAUUGUGAUUUUAGCCCAGAUGUUGACCCCGCCUAAGGAGUUGAUGGAGACUUUGGUUCCAUUCCUGGACACGGAUUCCGUCGGAGAACUACCCCCAGGGCCAGAUGAGGAUCUGAAUGACCAGCUAACCCAGCAUCAAAGGCUCCCAGAGGUGGUUCCAAUGCCAGGUUGGGAUUAUUUAAUGUUUCCCAAGGUUACAGGUAAGCCUUUAGAUGUGGAACUUACCACAACUCCAGGGCCUGAUAAAGGUGUUGAGUCUUCUAUAGCCCAGCAAGAGGCCCCACCUCAGCCUCUUGAACAUACUGAGGAAGCAGAACUGUCUCUAACCCAGCAAGAGACCUCGGGUAAGCCUCCAGAGGAGGUUGAGCCUUCAAGUGAGCAGGAGACCCCAGGUCAGCCUUCCGAGCCUCCUGGGGUGAUUGAUCCUUCUCUAAGGCAGCAGGAGACCCCAGCUCAGCCUUCAGUGCCUCCUGAGGAAGCUAAGCCUUCUCUAAGCAAACAGGAACCCCCAGCUCAGCUUCCAGAGGCCCAGGAAGAGGGUGAACCUUCCCCUCUCCAGGAGGAGGGCCAGGGUCAGCACCCACAGGCCUCUGAGGGGAGUGAACCACCUACAACCCAGGAGGAGUCCCCAGCUCAGCAUCCACAGACCCCUGAGGAGGUUGAACCUUCUUCAACCCAGCAGGAGGCUCCAGCUCAGUAUCCUCAGGCAUCAGAGGAGGGUGAGCCUUUUCCAACCCAACCAGAGACCCCAACUCAGUAUCCAGAGCCCCUUGAGGGGACUGAACCUUCUCCAGCCCAGUCAGAGGCCACAACGCAGCAUCCAAAUCCCCUUGGGGAAGUGAAACCUGCAACCUAUCAGGAGGCCCCAAGUCAGCAUCCACAGACCUCUGAGGAAAUUCACCGUUCUGCCACUCAACAGGAAGCCACAGCUCAACAUCCAGAGCCUUCUGGUGAACCUUCUCCAACCCAACAGGAGGCCCCAGCUCACUCUCCAGAACAUCAGGUGGUAACAGUUUUUCCUCAAGGUCAGAAUCAAGCUCAGCUCCUGCUGUUGCCGAAUGUCACUGUUAAACCUGUGGAUCCUUCAGUUACCAUGACCUCAGAAUCCACUAAUGAGGUUGAAGCUUCUCCACUCCGAGAAGAGGCCUCAGCUCAGUCUGGAGUGUCCCCUGAGCAGUUGGAACCUUCUCCAAUCCAGCAGGAGGUCCCACAUCAGCAUCCAGCUGCCCCUGAAAAUGCUGAGCCUUCUCCAAUCCAGCAGGGAGUCUCCACUAUGCCUGAAGAUCUUCCUGAGGAAAUUGAACUUUCUCCAAGCCAGCAGGAGAGCUCAGCUGUGCCUCAAGUGCCUGUUGCAAGUAUAGAACCUUCUGCAAUCCAGCAAGAGGUCCCAGCUCAGCAACCAAAGCCCAAUGAGGGGGUCGAGUCUUUUCCAGUUCAGUAUGAGCAUCCAGCUCAGCCUCCAGGGUCCUCUACAGAUGUUGUAGCUCAGUCUCCAGGACAGCAUGAGGUGACAUUCUCACCUCCAGGUCCAGGUGAAGCUCAGCAUCCAGUGUCACCUAAUAUCACAGUUAAACUUGUGGAUCUGAGGGUUUUCAUAAGUCCCCAGGCAACUAAGGAGGUUAAACCUCUUCGAGUGCAGCAGGAUGUCCCUGCUCAAUCUCCCCCUGAGCAAGUUGAAUUUUCUCCAGCUCAGUCCAAGCGUCUUUCCCAGUCUCCAGAGUCCCCUGAAGAUGAGUCUUCUCCAGGCCAACAAGAGGUCCUAGCUCAGACUCCAGACCCUCCUAAGGAUGUGGAACCUGUUUCAGGCCAACAGGAGGCCCCAGCUCAGCCUUCAGAGCCUCCUGAGAAGGUGGCACCAUCUCCAGUCCAGCAGGAAACCCUAUCUCUACCUCUCGAGCCACUUAAGGAGAUAGAACUUUCUCUAACACAACAGGAGGUACAAGCUCAGCCUUCAGAGGCCCCUGAGAAGGUAGAGCCAUCUCCAAUUCUGCAGCAGGCUCCAACUCAACCUCCAGAGUCCUCUAAGGAGGCAGAAACUCCUCCAGCCCAGCAGGAGGCCCCAGUUCAGCCUCCAGAGCCACCUGAGGAGGUUGUAGCACAACCUCGAGUCCAUAAUGAGGUGAAAGUUCCACCUCUAGGACAAGAGCAAGCUCAGCAUCCAAACUUGCCCCAUGUUACUGUUCAGCCUGCUGACCUGGAGCUUACUGUAACUCCACAACCUACUGUGGAGGCUGAGCAUUCUACAAUCAUGCAGCAGACUAUAGCUCCUCCAGAGGACCUUGAGGUGACAUUUCCACAUUCAGAGCACAUUCAGCAUCCAACCUUAACUAAAGUCACAGUUAAACCUUUGGACCCAGGGCUUACCAUAACUCCAGAAUCCACUACAGAGACUGAACCUUCUCUAACCAUGCAAGAGACCCCAACCCAGCCUCCAGAGCCACCUAAGGAGGUUGUUCAGUAUCCAUCCCAACAGGAAGUGACAGUUCCAACUCCAAGUAAGGAUCAAGGUCAGCGUCUAGCAUCACCCAUCAUCCCAUUUCGUCAUGUGGAGCUUACUAUAACUCCAGAACCUAUUACGGAGGCUGAACAUUCGACAACCCUGAAGAAGACUACAACUCCUCCCCCAAAGGACCUUGAGGUGACACUUGCACAUCCAGAACAGGUUCAGAGUCAACAUCGAAACCUGACUGAAGUCACAGUUCCACCUAUGGACCUAGAAAUUCCUGUAAGUCAGCAACCAGAGACAGGUUUUCCUCCAACAACUCAACAUUCUGUGGUGCAUUUUGUAAACUAUACCUCCGAAAAGGCAUACACGACUUUAACUUGGCAACCAGAACAGAAUGCCACCACAAACCUCAAACUAUGUGAGCGUUGUACCUGCAAAGAUGAGACACUGUCGUGUGUUGGUCUCAGCCUACAGCAGAGGCUCUGCAGAGUGCCCGUGCCGGAGCCCGACACCUACAACGGCACCUUCACCAUCUUAAAUUUCCAAGGAAACUCUAUUUCUUACAUUGAUGAAAAUGUAUGGAAGGGAUACCGUUGGGCUGAGAAACUAAUUCUCAGUGAAAAUUAUCUGACCGAAUUACGUAAAGACACAUUUGAAGGCCUGCUAUCCCUCCAGUAUUUGGGCUUCUUUGGAUCUCUGCCGCGUAAGAGACGCUCAAAGGAAAGUGACAAUCAGGAGGGCUUUUUGUGGAGAAGGCGGCCACUUUGGCUUAGGGACAUGUACAGACCUCUCAGUGUCACACGCAAGAAACACAUGCAACAGACGCUACACGACAAGGAUUCUUCUGAUGAAGAUGAGAUUUUCCAUAUGGAACUAGGGGAGGCUGGCAAAGCCACAGUAGAGAAGGCCACAGAUUCCACUACUGAAGAGCUGGGGGACGAGAGUGAGACACUAUGUGAGGUUGUCACAGUGUGAACACCGUCCUGCCUCAGGCCACCUACAAAGUUUACUUUCCGAUACUGGCUUCUCAGCAUUGCUUAUAAAAUACUUGUUUUUCUCCUA